AAAAAGGUAAGGCCAGCUCUAAGCGUUCAGUACCUAACCAUGGGAUCUACCAGGGUAUGUUUGUUGGUCUCUCUUCUUUUUGGAGCGACAUAUAACAUGGUCGAGGGCGAGGCCGAAAAGAAGUUGACAGUAGCUGACCUUAAGGCCAAUGAUAACCUCCAAAAUUGCGCUUGUCAUGAUAUCCUAUCAACAAACGUCGACAAGGCAAAACAGUUGUAUCAUUUCACGGCGAAGUGCGCUUGUGACAUUGUACAAGCAGCGCCAGAUGAGGAGUUUAAGUCUGAUGUUGUUUUCUUGAUUGAGACAUCAAGCCGGGUGAACGAAGAUAAUCUUGAGAAGGUGAAGUUUUUCGUGACGAACGUCAUGCGGACCUUCAAGAGUGGCGAAGAUGAAAAGGCCUUCUGGUCUGUGCUGAGCUAUGCUGCAGGGAAGACAAAGACCCUUGCCUGGCUCAAGCAAUGCAAGGUGUUAAAGACAUGCAUGAAGGGUGUGGACGACGUGGUAACGGCAGGCGGUGAACCAAACGUUGGGAAAGCGCUGAAAUACGCCUUGAAAUUUUCCUUCCAAGAGAGAUUCGGAGGGAACCGCGAAAGGCAAAAUGUUCUCCUGUUUGUCGGGAGUGGCGACACAACCGAAAAGGAAGAGACAGCCAAACAACUCGCCAAAGCGAAAACAGAGGAUGUUAAUGUGUACUACAUUGCAGUCGAUGGUCAGGUAGAUAAAGCGUGGUUGGAGAGUAGUUUUCCAGGGGAGACUCAUCUGGUGGUGAACCCAGAUGAUCUCAGUAAGAAGGAAACCCUCCAGUGGGUAGAGCGAAUUUUCAACUGAGCUGAGAUUCGACUUUCAAUGUAAUGAACAUGGAACAUUAUCCAUA